CCUUUCUUCCCAGCAAACACAAAUGGCACCAUCCAAGAAUACCAUCUCUUAUGCUUAUCCCCUUUGCUUCAUCUUCAUCCUUUCCACCACCACUCUAUCUGUGGCUAUUUCCACCUCCUACUCUUCUCGUUGCUCCUCCCCGUCCCCUGCAUCCGACUACCAUACUGACUAUGUCGACACCCUUGCACUCCUCCGCUCCUUCCAGAUAUCCAUCGGCUACUUCUCUAGCGGAGGCAAUAGCUUAUUCUCUGCUGAUGAUGACUACGUCAAUCCCCGCUCGUUCUCCUUUGUUCCCCAUGGUGUUUUCCGCACCAAGGACCCAACUAUCAUCCACCUAACUGCGACCCUUGUACUCUCUGGCCCUCGUAGCAGCACUUACAUCGGCCAUCACCACCAUCGUUACUCUAUCACCCAAACCAUCUCGUUUAUCCUUGAUGGUUAUUAUUCUUUCACCUCCAAUGAUCUUUGCAUGGUUGGCUUCGGCACUAACUAUGCUGCAGAUGGCUCUAUAAAACUACAUGAGGAUUCUGUCCUUCGCCUAUGGGUUCCUCGACCUUCCAAGCUCACCAACCCCUUAGUUACCGGUCACCUCGAGGGCACCAACUUUGAGACCAUCUCGCUUGUUGCUUACGACGAAAGCGACAACUAUGUGUAUAGUGAGAAUGCCCUCUGCCCACCAUUCAUGUUGGAGAAUAGUAUGCUUGAACAGGCUCAGGCAGUCAAAGAAAACUUCAAUUGUGACCAGCUCAAGACACAUCUUAGAAGGUUGUAUAAGCUGGAAUACAUGGUUGAUGACCCCUUGGCACCAAGAGGCUACAAUAUGUGGUCGCACGCCACUAGAAUGUACAUCAACCACGUGCACUGCACUGCGAAUGGAGCAGUGCGCGCUUAUGUGGAGUUCUACAACGACACAAAAAUGUUACCAUACAAGGGUCGUUUCAUGGUUGUAGAGGAGGCACUUGUUGCUGAUGGGUAUUGGGACCCAACAACAGGUCAACUCUGCUUUAAUGCUUGUCCAAUUGUGCGCUCGGUGUCUGGGUUGUCCCAUACAAAUUUUGUGGUGCAGGACUGUAAGAUCAAGAUGAGCUUCAGGUUUGUGGAUGUGUGGACAAUCCGUGAUAGGAGUGUCAUUGCUGGAAUGCUUUGGAACUCAAGCCAAGGGAUUGUUAACAACUCUCGAGCAAUCCCCGGUAUUAUAUCAGUGUCGGGUAUCCAAGAGCACUGGGAAAAUAUCUCUCAUGUGAAGUACACUUACACUGUGGUUGAUGAGGCAAAGAAGCACUACAUCAGUUCGGGUUUGAGCAACAAGAAGAAAAAGAUCAAGGGGUCAUUUCCUGGCAACGGUACCUACUCUUACCAUGACUUAGAGUUCCGUUUCAUUGCGAACCAUGUUGGAUCUGGAGAUGCCUAUCCUAUGACUAUUGGGUCAAUGAUGGUUUAUGAGGAUAGGCUAGCAGCUAAUGAUUCUUUAUCCGACCCUAUGGUGGUUGGCAUGAAGCAUGAGCUGUUGAAUGUCAGCUAUGAUAUACGUUAUUAUGCCCCGCCGGAAAAUUGGAUUCGACCUAAGAAUGGAUCAUACUCCAUUAGUCUUCAUGAACGGCGAAUCUCAGCAGAGGGUAUAUAUGAUCGUAAGAGGGGUACCUUGUGCAUGAUCGGUUGCCGAGAGAUAAAUAGUUCGACAGAUUGUCUAGUUUUGAUAACUGUGCAAUUUUCUUCUCUUGAUGCAAAGACGCAGGGGCAUGGAGUGGGAGCAAUCAGUAGCUUGAGAGAAAAGAAUGACCGUCUUUUCUUUGAGAAGAUCGAUAUCACUUUAUACGGGAUGUACACAGAGCAGCUCUUUGAGGCAAUAUCGAGGAUGGACAUGGAAAGCAUCAUGCUAGUGCUAUCAACAACAUUGUCUUGUGUCUUCACCAUUUUGCAGAUUCUCCACACCAAGAAGAACCCUGAGGUGCCCCCAGCCACAUCAAUCACCAUGCUUAUCACUCUAGCCUUGGGGUACUUAACCCCUCUUGUGCUCAACUUUGAGGCUUUGUUCUUGAGCAGAAGAAAGCAAUAUGUUCCAUUCUUUAGGAACAACCGGGUUGAGUUGAACGAAGUGAUGCUAAGGGUUCCUACUUUGAUCGCCUUUGUGUUACAUCUGCGGCUUCUUCAGCUGGUUUGGUAUGGCCGAAAACCAGACCACCAGAGCAAAGCUGAGACAUUUUCUAUUGCCAAGAGGAAAGCAUUGCAAAUAUGCUUAUCACUUUACUUUCUUGGAGGAAUCCUAGCUGGGAUCAUCCAUAUUAUAAAUGUUCACACUAGAAGGGAGAGCCCAGUAGUUGUUCGCAUCAGCCAAGAGCCGGCUACCAUAUGGGAGGACCUCGUGUCAUAUGCAGGAUUGAUACUAGAUGGCUUCCUACUCCCUCAGAUUAUCUUCAAUAGAUUGUCUGGCUCUAGAGUUCAAGCAAUUUCACCAUGGUUUUACAUUGGAGGCACCUUGAUCCGUGCCAUGCCCCAUGUCUAUGAUUUAUCCAGGGCUCAAAACUAUAUACCGAGCUUGAGGUCAUCUUAUAUAUAUGCAAACUCUCAUGAUGAUCUGUUCAGUGCAGCAUGGGACGUCAUUAUUCCGUUGGGAGCAGCUUUGCUAGCAUUGGUGUUAUUCUUGCAACAAAGGCUUGGAGGUGCAUCCUUGAUUUCAUUGCAAGGGAGCAGGUUGGGCUCCUAUGAAAUGGUCUCUACUAUAUAAUUUAUUUAGAAAUUAUGUAUUUCCAUAUUAUAGAUAGACUGAUAUUGUAAUCAAUAGUUUGGAAUUGUUAAUUGUUAAUGUUUUCGUCUGUGAAAUUAAUAUUGAAAAUAUAAAUAUAAUGACUUGUGGAUAAGUUCAAGUCAGGUGAGCUUGAAUAA